GUAUAUAUCAAACGUUCACUAGAAAUAUUCACAUAUUCAAGAUCAAAAUUAGUCUUUCGCUUGAAUAGAAGAUGCAAAAACGUGCUUUUUUCAAACGUCAAACCGAACGAUCACACUGAAAAAAUUUCAGAAAUGGUCUAUAUUUUGAAGAAUCACGCGAUUUCCAAAGUGAUUACAAAAUUGUAUCUCAACGAUGAAUUGGCCGAUGUACAUUUUGUGUUUGAUUUCACUGAUGCGAUCGAUAGAGUGCCGGCUAAUAAAGCAAUUUUAGCAGCUCUGAGCCCAGUGUUUUAUAAGAUGUUCUACGGCGAUUUGAAGGAAGGAUCCACUGUUAAAAUAGUCGACGCGAGUGUUGAAGCUUUUGAGGAAUUUCUUCAAUUUUUCUAUUUGGAUGAAAUAAGACUAAGGAUGGAAAACAUAGAAGCCGUUGCACGAUUGGCAGAUAAGUAUGACAUUCUGGAACAUGUCGAUGUGUGUGCAACAUUCCUCAAAAGCCAAUUGACGGUGAAUAACAUGUGUUGGGGCUAUCAAUUGGCUGUGUAUCUUCGAAAAAGGCCACUUAUUGCAUUCUGUGAAAAUGAAAUUAUAAGAUCAUCUAAGGAAAUAUUGGCAACAGAUGUGUUUCAACGGUGUGAAAAAGAUACUUUAAAGCGCAUCCUGCAACUCGACCUAACAUGCAACGAAGUUGAUUUAUUCAAUGCAUGUUUAUUGUGGGCCAAAAAGGCUUGCAUUGAAAACGAUCUGGAUGAACAUCGAGCGAAAAACAUACGGCUACAACUUGGCGACUGUUUUAAAUUUAUUCGAUUUGGAGCAAUGACAAUCGAAGAAUUCACCUCGAUUGCAAUGUCAAACCAUGGUCUUUUCACUCCAGAGGAGUUUCAGGAUACAAUUUUUGCAUUGACAUCAUCUAAUUAUAAGCCAAAGAUAUUCAAUCGAAACCCUCGAGGUUUCACAUGGAAUGAAGAGAAUGUAUUGACUUGCAAACGCAUUCGUGAAAACACCCAAUUAAAACAUGUAAUGGGCUCCGAAAUCAUCAGAUUUAAGUCGAAUCAAACUAUUCUGUUGGGAAAAAUUAUAUCUGCAACCACGUACCGAAUGGAAGCUGAUGAUCUACUGCGUCACAGCGAUGUGCAGCUCAUUAUUUGUGAAAUUGGUGAUCAUUCACAUCCGGAGAAAAUACAUUACGAUGGAGAUACGUCAAUAUCAUGGCUUAGUCAUAAGGCACACAUAGUUUUACCGCAACCAAUUUUGAUCAAGUCUAAAAGUGUGUAUGAAAUCCGAUUGAAAUUGCAAACGAGUAACGAGGCAAUGUAUGACUAUUCGUGGAAGCCAACCAUUGAAAUGGAAAAUGGUCUCAAAAUUGAGUUCCAACGAAGUCCAGCAGCAAUGUAUGAUACUUCUUCAUAUGGUUGGAUUUCCGAUUUUGCUAUCAAUACAGUUUAAUGUCGAUUCAAGAGAAUUUUCAAGUGCAACUAAGGAGAAAUUUAUUAUGAAUUCAACAGUGAAAAUUUAUUGUACCCAAUUGUAUCAAUAAAAGAAUAAAUUGCCUUUCAUCAAUAUGUUGUGUAUUUUUGUGCUAC